AUGGCUGAGGCUGUGCCGCUGGAUACCUUCGAGCGGGCGCCACCGCCCAGAUCUGGGGGACAGUCCACGUCCUCCUUUGCGUAUCCCCCUGGACGGACAGAUGGGGACGAAGAGGAGCGGAGACGGCGUCAGCAGGAGCUGGCGGGAGACGAGGAGCUGGCUCGCAACCUUGCGGCCCAGUUGCGCCUAACGUCGCCGGCAGAGAAUGCGGCAGAUUCCGCAGGAGGACUCCACUCAGAUCCGUUCAGGGAUGAUGAUAGGCGGCUGCCUCGUGUGGGAGACCGAAGUAGCCCAGACAGUCCCUACCGGGGUGAUGCAGACACAGACAGGAUCCCCGGAGUGGAAUACCAUGCGAUGGACUCCGACACAGAGGAUGCCUUCUACGCCGAGCCUCCAAGAGCAGCCGGAUACCAUCAUGUUAUUUGCAAUGUCCUCGUUAACCUCUUUCGUGCUGGUGGGUGGAGCUCUCAUGUGCAGAAUGGCACAGACGUUAGAUUCAGAUGA